AGCCAAACUGAUGCUGGUCUAGUGUUCUUCAGGAGUCCAUCACAUCAGCGGGACGGGGCCCUUCAGAACCUCAGAACAUGAAGACCCGUCACUGUGGACUCUAGAGUCUCAGAAGCCCACGAGAGAGAGAGAGAGAGAGAGAAUCACGGUCCAGCUCAGUGUCUGUCUUCUGUGAGCAUCAUGGACGUAUGUGUGAGACACCUGCUGCUCCUGUGUGUGUUCUUCACGAUCUCAGUGUCCGUGUGCAGCGCCGCAUGCGCAGAGGUGGACUCGGACACCGAGGCCGUCGCGGGAAGACCCUUCAAGCUCGGAUGCAUUUCCUGCAAGAUGCGCGGGGAAGUGGAAGCCACGGCCACCGUAGACUGGCACUUCCGGCCGCGCGGACAGGACCAGUUCACCCACAUUUACAGCUACGACGGAGAGGAGUCGAACAUCAUCGACGAGCGUUUCCAGGACCGGAUGGAGUGGUUCGGCAGCAGGAAAACCUUCGACCUCCAGGACGCGUCCGUCAACAUCCUGAACGUGACCUUCAACGACACGGGCGAUUACCAGUGCACCUUCAACCGCAUCCUCAGCUACCAGCACUACGAGUACUCCACCAUCGUCAGCAAGCUGGUGCACCUCACCGUCGUGGCCAAGGCCACGCGCGGGACGGCCUCCAUCGUGUCGGAGGUGAUGAUGUACGUGACGAUCAUCGGGCUGCAGCUCUGGCUGCUGGUGGAGAUGAUCUACUGUUACAGGAAGAUCGCGGCGGUGGGAGAAGAAGCUCUGCGAGCCAGCGCCGCGGAGUAUUUAGCCAUCGCAACUGAGGGCAAAGACAACUGCGCCGGUGUGCAGGUCGCAGAAUAACACAGGGUUUUCCCGGGAGCCUCUCCUGAACUGCUGCCACUCACUCCUGUUUUAUCCGCUGUUGUUCCUGACGAUCGAUCCCGUGUUCCGCAUGAUUCCUCACGCUAUGCAUGAACCGAACGCUCUCCCGAGAACUCACUGCAUUAUUCCUCCUCGCUCAUAGACAAGCGCAAUACUCUGAGUUUGCACUAGAGGUCAGUAAAGAAGAGCAAGGAAUCUCUGCUGAUCGAGGCCAAACACACACACACACACACAGACACGCACA